GCCGUCGGUAAUGGGGAGAAAGCACAGAGUGGCAUUUCAUCCAGCCAGUGGUAUUCUGCAGAGUCCUUGUCUUCAUCUGGCAGUGAUGAUGCAAGACUUCUGGGCAUGUCUUGUACAGCUAGAGGUAGACCUCCUCUUCCUCCACCACAUGGUCCCUCACUGGAUAACAAAUCCAACAGGAAUGAGGUUCCAACGACCUCUCAAACACUCACAGAGUCAAAGCCUCAGCCCGCUGCAAGAUCUCUUGGUUUACAAAGACAAAGCCCUGUGAUUGAAAAGACCACUGCGGAGACCCACAAGUCUUUGAAUCAGGAGGUGAAGAGCCAGACUCCACCUCAGCCCUUUCCUCGUAGACGACUUGCCAGCUUUGGAGGCGUAAGCUCCCCUGGGUCACUCUCGCCCUUUACUGGCCUUGGUGCAUAUAAUCAAAACAACAAUGGGAACAAGCCUACUGGCACAGGAGCUGAUUUGCAUGCCCACCUUAACUCAUCGCUGGGCAGCAGAGGCAGCACGGGCUGUCUGAGGCUGAGUCCACAGAGCUCUGGAAGAACCACUCCAGUUUCAGGUCUUGGCUCCAUGCACCUACAGCAUGUCCGUGAUCAGAUGGUGGUAGCUCUGCAAAGGUUGAAAGAGCUGGAGGAGCAGGUGAAAAUCAUCCCUAUCCUCCAGGUUAAAAUAUCAGUCCUCCGAGAGGAAAAAAGGCAGCUGGUCUCUCAGCUCAAGAACCAAAGUGACAGCGAGGGCAUUAAUGAUGUGAUCUGGAAAAGAUCAUACAGCAUGGAUGAGUCUGACAUUGAGAAUAGGAUGAAUACUGAAGAAGAGAUGGUGAAAAGUGACUGCUCCGACCUUACGGAGUUCAGGCAACUAAAUGAAGAGUUGCAGGCUUUAGAGAGAGCUAUCAAAGGUGGACAGAUGCAAGCAUGGCAUGGAAAAGGUCGUAGCCCUCUUCAUGACAAAGAUAUCGCAUCAGCCAAAGUUGGACCUAAAAAAGAUAUGGAUGUCACAUUGUCUAAACCCUUAAAAGAAGAUAAAUGUGUGUACACUGAUCAGGCAGAGACGAGGUCUAUAGCAACAGAAGUGUGUGAAGUUAAUCUCGGAAUUUACACAGAACACGAGGCAGAGCUUGAUGCUCAACAACUAAUAAAUGCUGCCUUGAAGGAGAAAAUUUGUCAUUUAGAAGCACAGUUGAAAGAAUCAGCUCUCCAGACAGAGUUGACACGUCUGAAACUGGAACUUCAGACUGCAGGUGCCAGGAACCGAGUUGACAAGGCCUGCUUCGCUAAGCCGUCCACUGAAAGCACAGGCACAGAUGCAAGGCCUCUCACCAAAACCAGGGUAGGUAAUCACACAGAGCUUCAAGAUGCCAGCACAGGAGAUACAGUAGAGGUAAAGACUGUUGGAGUAUCUUGUGAGCCAAAGAUGAUGAAUGUUUGCACAGGACCAGAUAUUCCCAUGAGCCACUGGGAGGUGAGGGAGCGAGUGGAGACCAGGGAAAAGGCCGUGGGGAUCCAGGUUGUUACAAGCACACAAGGAGUUGGAACUGAGAUAAGGUUAUGUAAUGCAGAAAGCAACACAGAGGUGCCAGUGGAGAAUCUUGGGUCUAAGACAGAAAAGAUUGAGCAUCAUUCAGUGGGUUGUGGAGAUUGUUCUGUUGACGUGAUCCUUUGUGAGGCCAAGGAAGUGGUUUCUCAAGGAAUGACGACAGAUCCAGUCAGAGGAGUUGACCUGGGAAUCAUGGCAUCACCUCAGACAGCUUCACAGCGCACCAACACUGUAUCCAGCUCGGUGUCUCGCUUUACUAACACCACACAGGCCUUCAGCACUGACUCCAGCACAAAUACACUCCUCAGCACCCAAAACAAGCACACCAACACUGCUCACACUCCCACUCGGACAGUGUCUGUGGGCAACAGGGUCAGAGACAUUCAGUGCACCGCUGAGACCCGUACGAUUGGUAUCGGCACUGCAAAUGUAUUAGAAAGUUUUUUUAAACAAACACCAGAGACAGCAAUCAAGCUAACUCGAGACACUGGUGUUGGGUUCACUAACAUUAAUGACAAUUUCCUGGUUGGACUGAAAACUCGAAAUAUGGCCUCUGGACCGUCCCAUCUUCCUGACCCUGUCAAGACAAAGAGUGUCGGCGUCGGGGAGGGGAGGAUACGGAAUUUGUCAGUUUCAUCCCGUACAUCUGGACAGAAUUUCCAGCAGCCUACACAUCUCCAGUGGGACCAUGAGCUGAAUCACUACAUAGAAAAAAUGCAAAGACUCCUGAAGGAACAUGGAGACCUGCUCACAGAGGACUCCACUGACCAUUACAGCAGCCGAGGAAAUACCACCUCCAAUCAGUUCUGCAACAAUAAAGCUGCAGCACAAGGAGGGACAGAAAUCCAUCGGUUCAGUUCACAGCCAACAGCCAGCAGAGACUGUCAGUCUGCAUGUCAACUUUCAACUGACUCUGUCAAGUGUGACAAAGAAAAUCCAGGAAUCAGUCAACAGGGUGGUAAUGAUUCAGAGGUGAAAAGGAUGAUUAAACUGUUAGAGCAGCAGGCAUCAUCAACUCUGCAAGACAGAUCAACAAGUGCUGGUGGACCUCGGUCAGUGAUAAAGAAGCAGAAUGGGGACCAGUCCUGUAGCAGCAACAGGAAAAGCAUGAAGUUCAUGAAGGUUACUGCAGGAUUGGACUCUGUGUCAGUUUACGAGCAUGAACAAACAGAAGGAACUUUAAGAGACACCUCUCACGAUGGAAUCCAAGCAAGAAGAGGAAAAGAUGGUUCCAACACAGGACUGAAAGGGCCUGCAAAAUUAUAUACACAACAGAGGCGCAAGUUAAGUGAAAGAAUGUUUUCUGCUUGCCAAGCCCUAAAGAUGCACCUGAGUGAUGACACAGCCUUAUCCAGCUGGGAGUUGCAGGACUGUCUACACACACUCCAGGAGGAGUGGUUCUCUGUGUCCAGCCACAAGGCAGCAGCUCCUGACACUGUAGAGGACUACUUGUCUACGUUUCGGGUCAUUUCACCCUCGGUAUUGCAGUACGUAGUGAAUAUGGCUGACGGCAAUGGAAAUACAGCGCUACACUACAGCGUGUCUCACUCCAACUUUGGCAUCGUCAGAAAGUUGCUCGAUGCAGAGGUGUGUAAUGUGAAUCGACAGAACACAGCAGGUUACACACCCAUCAUGCUGGCUGCACUCGCAGCUGUGGACAAUCCAGAGAACAUGAGGGUGCUGGAGCAGCUGUUCUCAAAAGGAGAUGUCAAUGCCAAGGCCAGUCAGGCUGGUCAGACGGCUCUGAUGCUCGCUGUGAGCCACGGCAGGAUAGACAUGGUGCAGGCCCUACUAGCACUGGGAGCAGAGGUCAACGUCCAGGACGACGAGGGCUCCACGGCUCUGAUGUGUGCUAGCGAACAUGGCCAUGCUGACAUUGUUAAACUACUGCUGGCACAGCCGGAGUGUGAUGCCACCCUGACUGACAGUGAUGAAAGCACCGCCCUGUCCAUCGCAUUAGAGGCAGGGCAUAAUGACAUUGCAGUGCUCCUUUAUGCUCAUGCCAACUUCUCCAAAGGACUGUCAGGGUCUAUUGGUCGUCACAGUGGCAAGUCUCUUUCGACUUCUGGUGGAAGAAAUAUCUUUGAAUGAGCUGAUGCCCCAAAGCCUGAACUGAUGCUUCAUGAAGCUUAUUUAUGAGGUGAUUCAAUGUCAGAGGAUUUUAACAGGCACUUACCAAGUUAGUGUGAGCGAUUCUAUAAGAGCGAUAAUUCACCAUGUGACAGAAUGCUGGUUAUUCCCCACUGGCAUGCAUACAAGGGUAGCAUUUGCAUGAUAUGAAAUAGUAUGUCUUAUACUACAACUCAGCAGGAUUAUAUAUGCAUGACAGAGUAGAUUAGUAUUCUAUAUUCAUAGAUAGUAGAUCAUUUGUGUCCUGCAGUCAUUAUGUACUUUUUUCUUUAUUUGUCUAAAUUCUUUUUUGUUACUUAUUUAGAAAUGUAGAAUAUAAAAAGCUUAGAUAUCCAUAUUUUUAUUGUAAUGUAUUAAAAGGAAUUAUUUGUAUUAAUAGCUUAAUGCUUUUGUCUGUCUAUACUGGUUUAAUAGAAAAUGUGUGAUGCACAAUAUAUAUUUUAAACAUGUUCCAUUUUGUCAAUUUGUCAACCCAAACUACAACCACAUGCAGUAGUAGUGCAACUGUAGCGCAUCUGUUGCUAAGAUUCAUGGGAGGUGUUUGAUGUUGAUGGUAUGUAAAUGAAUAUUUCAACACUUUGGGAAAUAGACUUAUUGCUGUCUUGCUGAGAGCUACAUGAGAAGAUUGAUAGCAAUUUCAUAUCUUAUAAACAUGAAUGUGGAGUCAGUAGCCUGGAAACAGAGAAACAGCCCGGUUGGACUGUAACCUCACAGUGAAGACACAACUCCAGAAAGGGACUGUGGCCUGUGGAAAAGUCAACAGGCACGUAACCUCCCAUGAAACAACAACUGUCAUAUUCACACUUUAAGUUGUGUACAGAGACAACAAACGUGUAAAUAGGGUGGAGGUGCUCGGAGGUAAAUGCAUCCAGCUAGCCGUUACCUGCUAUUUUCAGUGUUUAUGCUAAGCUAUGCUAAUGAAAUGCUCGAUAUAGCUCCAUGUUCAGCACCUGUCCUCCUCAAGUGGCUUAAUAUGACCAGUAAUUGCAUUUUAAAGUUACGUAACCUCUAGCAGUCGUAUGAGUCUGCGCCCAAAAUGCUAUCCAAGCUUUAAUUUGUAAUUGCCAGUGCAGCCUCCAUGAUUUUGGAAUGGACAGAGGCAGAGGAAAGGUGUGGAGAAAAAAACCUUUUAUAAUUUAUAGAACUUCUACAUUUGACAGGUAAUUUGCAGUGGAAUUUUAACAUUACAUUAUGGACAUGGAAGAUUCGCACAGGAUUAAGGUUACAGACAACCUCUGCAUUUAUUACAAAUGUAGGUCCUCAGGUAAUACUAGUCUAAUACAAAUAUGGCUAAAGCAGUAAGUUAACCUUUUCAUAAACCUAACCAUCUGGACCACGUAGCUCUCUUACCUAAACCUGAUCAAGUAGUUUUUUCACCUUAAUCUAAUUAAACAGCCAAUGAAAACCACUCCUGUUUGUACUUUGAUUUGUUUUUUUCAAACACACUUCUACGUUAUUUCAAUACAUAGAUCAUAUCAGACUUUAGAAGCCUGUGACAGAUAUGUUUGGAGAGCUGCUUGACAGUAGGACAAGGACAGAGUGAUCAGUUUUCUCAUCUUCUCACUUUGUGGCAAGAAACCAAUUAGGUCUAUUUCCUAAAAUACUGAACGACUGCUUUAAGUGGCCUCUAUGUUACCAUGGAUAUUUUGACAGUGAUGAAGGCUGUACAGCUGAAUGUUUUUUCUUUUCUUUUCUGGAUAUAGUGACAUCUUGUUAUUAAUUACAAAGUUAUUCAGUAAUUGUAGAAUUUGAUUAGCAAACAUUUAAAUUAAAUAGAUACAUUUAUAUUAG